CACGAAUCUUAAUUUUGAUGAACUUUUAACCAUAAUUAUUUAGUCGGAUUUGGAGAGGGUGGAAGAAGAGUGGGAAGAUAUUUUACAGAUGUGGAAUUAGGUGAUGAUUAUGAGUGAAGCCAGACAUACUCCUGGGUAAGGUCCUUGGUGUACUUCACAAGUGUUUGGGGAUCCUCCAUGUUGUCCUCUCUAGUACCGAGUUCGGUUUCAUACGUGCCCCAUAAGCUGCAGUAGUCAGACCAAGUUGGCUUGAAGCCAAAUGAAGAAAGCAGCAUUUUCACGAAGUUCAUGAAGUUUUCCUUCUUGAUCUCAGUGUAUUUCUCUCUGGUGAUGAAUUCUUUCAUUGAGUUUUCAUACUCACUGAACUUAGUAGCAUCGUCGAUCAACUCCUGAGCUUGAGCUGGAGACAUCGAUAGUUUAGUGUUAAAGGUUGUUGACAUA